AUGUUCUACUCAGACACGCUUCUAUCCAAGACCGGGCCUUUGGCUCGCGUCUGGCUCGCUGCCAAUCUCGACCGCAAGCUGUCCAAAUCUCAAGUUCUUCAGUCCGACAUUCCCCAGGAUAUCAGCGCAAUCGUCAAUCAGGGCCAUGCACCAAUGGCUCUCAGACUGAGCGGUCAGCUCAUGCUGGGUGUUGUCCGUAUCUAUGGCAAGAAAGCGAAAUAUCUACAGGACGACUGUCAUGAAGCGCUGUUGAAGAUUCGAAUGACCUUUAAGAACACUGGAAACCAUGACUUGCCAACAAACGCGAAUGCUGGUCUCGAUUUACAACUGCCAGAUCUUCUGACUAUUGAUGACCUCUUCCCAUCAAUGGACUUUGCCUACCCUCUGACACAGCAGCCAGCUCUUGAAGGCCCUUCACAAGACUUCGAUCAGGAUUGGACUAGCACUCUCAACCCACAACAAAGCACACAGUCAAGACUCAGUCCAGGCGACGACGUCCUAGUCAACGAUGAUGAUCUCGGCCUAGAUUUUGGCGACCGCGAUGAUUUCGAGCCUAACGAUACUACCAUCAGUAUCCAGCAAGGCCGCAACGCACCUGCCGAGCGCGACCUCGAAGAUGAGGUGCUGGGUGGUGAGAAAAUCUACAAGGACGACGAUCUGGUGCUCGACUUUGGCGACGAAGCGGACAUCGCACCCCCAGAACAGGACAUAGAUAUGCUUGGUGCGCAGCAGGAUGAUGGCGUGAUUUUAGGCGAUGAUGAAACUGCCCAGCUUCGCGCCGGCGCCGCCGAACCUGAGCGCACUCAUCGAGCCGAGUCCGCCCUCUCAGAUCUCCCGUCAGAAGCACUCCGUGAAAACGAUCAUACCUUCGCUCAAGACAUGAACGACACCACGCUUGCUUCAGUCGCCGUGCAGCAAAAGCAGCGAUCAAAAAAAGUCAAGCCUAUCGCCCCGGAUGUCGAGACUGUCCUCCACAACCGAGAGAUCAAAGCCCAAUCUGAAGACCGCUCGAAGAUCUUAAAGGCCCCGUUAUUCCUUCCCCGCGAUCCUGUUCUUCUGGCAUUACAGAAUAUGCAGCGCAACGGCGACUUUGUAACCUCCGCCAUGAAUGAUGGUGCUUCCCGCCAUUGGGCACCGGAAUUGCAAGGUCUACUUUCGUUCGAUGUUGUUUACCGCUCAGGGCCAGGUCGCAAGCGAAAGCGUGAUUCUGGGAUCGGCGGGAUCUCAGACGAGGAGGAUGCGCAUAGCCAGAAGAGUCCACGACUCGAGCUCGACGACGACGUGGUAGAUGAAGCGAUCGAUACUGGUGUGGACCGUCCAGGCGUAACACAUGAACAAAUUGAUGAGCUCAACCCUGGACUUGAGGAUAUGGUGCGGGGCGAGGAUGACGAGGGUAUCUUCGCGGACGGCGACGAAGGCUUGAACUUUGACGAUACAACCAUGCCUCUGGUGCAUCCUGCUGACUCGGGCCCUGUUUCGUUGGGCACGAAGCGAGCUGUGCACCUCUUGCGUGAGAAACUAGGUGGAUCGGUCGAUGGCAGCCCCAAUCAGAGCCAGAAGAGAUCGGUGCUACUACAAGACCUGGUGCCAGAACGUGUGACGAGCAAGGAGGACGCGACGAAGAUGUUCUUCGAGGUGCUGGUAUUGGCGACGAAGGAUGCGGUCAAGGUGGACCAGAGUGCGAAGGCCAUUGGAUUGCCGUUAAGGAUCCGGGGAAAGAGAGGCUUAUGGGGCAGCUGGGCUGAAGAAACACGAGAGGACGAGGAAGAGGAGCAGGGGUUUGAGGGAGCUAGGGCGCAGGAAGUGAGUGUCUGA